CGUCUGACCAGAACAUCAGGAUUGUGUAGUAUUGGUACAAUAACAUAAAAUCUUCGAUUAUAAUGUAAGAACGAAAAUAAUAAAAUAAAAGGAAAUUAUAAAUUUACCCCGCUCGACAACCACCGCAAUUGACCAGCUGAUAUUAACAAUAUUAAAGGUCGGUAUCUGCCCCGUAUUAAAUGAGAGAGGCGUGCAAGAAUGUUCAGCUGCCUCUUUGCCCUCCCCGGUCCUUGCAGAAUUAGUUUAUCAUGGAGAAACGAGUGGCGAUUGUUGGAGCUGGAGUGAGCGGCCUGCUUGCCUGUAAGUAUGCUCUGCAGAAAGGUUUCGAACCAAUCGUGUUCGAAGCUGAUGACAGAGUUGGAGGUGUUUGGGCUCAUACCCUGGACUCCACAAGACUCCAGAAUACCAGACAAAGUUACCAUUUUUCUGAUUUCCCAUGGCCUUCUUCGAUAAAAGAAUUGUAUCCUAAAGACACUGCGGUGCUGGAGUAUUUUGAAUCUUAUGCUCAACAUUUUGGUAUCUAUAGUUGCAUAAAGUUCAAUUCCAAGGUCAUUAGUAUAGAUUAUGUUGGAGAGUCUUAUGAAGAGAUUGAAUCAUGGCAUCUGUGGGGUGGAACAGGGAAGCCAUUUGGCUCCAAAGGGAAAUGGCACAUCUAUGUGCAAGAUAUCAAAAGCUGCAGCAUUGAGGUUUACCAAGCUGAGUUCCUUAUUCUCUGCAUAGGACAAUUCAGUGGUCAUCCAAAUAUCCCAGAGUUGCCCCCGGAAAAAGGACCUCAAGUGUUCAAUGGCAGGGUGAUGCAUUGCAUGAACUAUGGGGCAAUGGAUAGGUCGAGUGCUGAAGAAUUGGUGAGAAAUAAGGGAGUUACAAUUAUUGGUUCGCGCAAAUCUGCGGUGGACUUAGCAGCACACUGUGCAAACAUAAAUGGUCCAAAGUACCCUUGCAGAAUUAUCCAAAGGACAGCUCAUUGGUUUCUCCCCAGUGAUUCUGUCUGUGGAUUUGGUCUUGGUCUUUUAUACUUCAAUCGAUUCUCGGAGUAUUUAGUUCAUAAGCCUGGUGAAACAUUUCUGCUCAGAGUUUUGGCAACCUUGCUUUCACCAUUGAGGUGGGGCAUCUCAAAACUUGUUGAAUGCUAUCUUAAGUGUAAACUCCCACUGGAGAAGUACGGAAUGAUCCCAAACUACAGCUUUCUUCAGGACAUGUCUUCAUGUCAAAUAGUAACGCUGCCUGAAAAUUUCUUUACCAAAGUGGAAGAAGGAAGCAUAAUACUAAAGAAUUCACCAAGCUUUAGCUUUUGCAAAGAAGGUUUAAUGAUCCAAGGAGAAACUAAGCCUCUGAAAACAGAUAUAGUCAUUUAUGCUACUGGAUUCAAGGGUGACCAAAAACUGAAAAACAUUUUCUCAUCUCCAAUUUUCCAGAAGCACAUAAUGGGGUCCGCAGCUUCCAUUCUUACUCUCUAUAGACAAGUUAUUCAUCCAAGAAUUCCUCGAUUGGCUAUAAUAGGAUAUGCAGAGAGUCUAUCGAAUUUGUAUACCUCAGAAAUCAGAUGUCAAUGGGUAGCACAUUUCCUUGAUGGAAAAAUAGAAUUGCCGAGCAUAAGAGAGAUGGAGAAGGAUGUGAAAAUAUGGGAAAAUUACAUCAAACAAAAUUCAGGAAAGUAUUUCAGAAGAUCUUGUGUUAGUACGGUCCACAUUUGGUACAAUGACCAAUUAUGCAAAGACAUGGGACGUAAGCCUAGAAGAAAGAAGGGAAUUUUAGCUGAGCUGUUUGAACCAUAUGGAGCACCAGAUUAUAAAGAUCUCGAUGAUUAA